GUUCGCUCUUUGAGGUUUUGGGUGUUUGGGAAUCCAGUUGUAGUUUAUCCUAUUUUAGUGGUAAUCUACAAUGUUCUAGAAGCAAAGUCACUCAGAAGUCACAAGUGGUGUGCUCGGCAUCGUUUCAGCGGCACCAAGAGGGAAACCUAGGGUAAACUGUUGAUGAAACUGCCUAGCUUGGCUGAUUGCUAAUUGGUGAACGUUUUAACUUUAACAUUAGUUUAUCCAACAAAAAGAUCUAGUAUGUAUAUAAGUGUUAAUAUAUGCUAAAAUUUAGCAUUUAACUUGAACUCAUCCAAACAUACCCCAAUUCAUACUCCCACUAAGCACAUAUCUCAUCAACUAACCUGAAAUAGUGAGAUUUUGGGUGGAUCUUCCAAGAAAUUGCUUGUUCUACUUGAUUCAGCUCGUAACGUCAUCAACUAUUUAGUAAUGCUUUAGUAGUUGACAAUUUUAGUGGUUCGCAUGUAAGCAAACUGUAUUGACUUCAUCAUCAAUCGAAACUGGCCCAAUCUUUGCUAUCGACUACUGACCACAUCGAUUUGCCAUGUCAAUCAGUUUUUUUUAAAAAUAAAGUCAAACAGGAAUUUCGCCAGAAACCUUUACGCGGAUACGCUUCGUAGCUGACAUCGAUGCGAUCCCUCCGUCUCCGUGCCAUCUCGUCCGUCAAUUCCACGCACCCCCUUCUCCGCCGAACUCUGGGACUCGAACCUCAACUCUCGCCGUCGACGAACGCCGCCGGCGAGGCAUCGCCGAUGACCACCUCCGGCGCGCCCACGCCCCCACGCUUCAAGCGCUCCUCCCCCAGGAAGAAGUCUCAGCUAAGGAGCCGCCGCCUCGCCGCCGGAGAGGCCGAGGCUGCUGGGGCCCCGGCGUUGGCGAGAGCGCCGCUUCCCUCACCGCUGGAGGUGGACGCGGUGCCGCGUAUUGGGCGCGCAUUGCCGCGAGAGUUCUUCGAGGUGGAUGCCCUCGACCUCGCCCCCCGCCUCCUCGGCAAGCUUCUGCGCCGCGACGAAGUCAUCCUUCGCAUCACCGAGGUGGAGGCCUACAGGCCAAAUGAUUCCGCAUGCCAUGGCCGGUUCGGCAUCACGGCGAGGACUGCUCCAGUGUUUGGACCGGGAGGCCAUGCAUAUGUGUAUCUAUGCUAUGGGCUCCACAUGAUGCUUAAUGUUGUUGCUGACAUGGAGGGUGUUGGUGCUGCUGUUUUGAUCCGGUCAUGUUCUCCAGUUACGGGUCUUGAAACUAUUCAGCGGCGCCGAGGUCAACAGACCGAGAAACCAAUUCUACUUACAGGGCCAGGAAAGGUUGGACAAGCUCUGGGGCUAUCCACUGAUUGGUCGAACCAUCCUCUUUACACACCCGGUGGGUUGGAGGUACUGGACGGGCCAGAGCCGGAGGCCAUUCUGGUUGGUCCCCGCGUGGGCAUCGAUUACGCAUCUCCCGAGCAUGUCGCAGCGCCGUGGAGGUUCGCCAUUGCCGGCACUCCGUGGAUCAGCGCUCCCAAAAAUACCCUUCGGCCACGCUGAAGACCUGGAGGUAGUACGAGUAAAGCAUGAGGAUGAACAAACAGAUGUCUCGCAAGAAACAGCUUGAGUACAGUUUCCUUCUCCAAAACGUUCAUGUGCUUUUUUUGUUUGUUCGAAAACAAAGGAUUCCUUUAAUUGUACAGAAAGCAGCAAACUAUCUACGAGUACCUUCCAAUCGCCAA